ACAUCUGAACCUUCUUUCAUUGCUAAAAGCGAAGACUGUUUAUUUAAACAUUUAUUUGAAGACUAUGAACGAUGGGUUCGUCCAAUUGAGCACUUGAAUGAUACCAUCAAAGUGAAAUUUGGUCUUGCAAUUUCCCAAUUGGUGGAUGUGGAUGAAAAAAAUCAACUGAUGACAACAAAUGUUUGGCUGAAGCAGGAAUGGGUUGAUGUAAAACUGAAGUGGGAUCCUGAGGACUAUGCUGGAAUAACUUCUAUCCAUGUCCCUUCAGCUUCAAUAUGGAUUCCAGACAUUGUUUUAUACGAUAAUGCAGAUGGUCAUUUUGAAGGAACUUCUACAAAAGCUAUAGUGAAACACGAUGGCACUAUUGCUUGGACCCCGCCGGCAAAUUAUAAAAGUUCUUGCACCAUUGAUGUCACUUAUUUCCCAUUUGACCUCCAAAAUUGCUCCAUGAAGUUUGGUUCUUGGACCUACGAUGGUUCUCAGGUGGAUAUAAUCCUUGUGGAUGAAGAAGUAGACAAAAGAGAUUUCUUUGAUAAUGGAGAAUGGGAAAUAGUAACUGCCACAGGGAUCAGAGGGAACAGAAUGGACGGAUGCUGCUGGUACCCCUUUAUUACCUACUCAUUUAUAAUUAGGCGCUUGCCUCUCUUUUACACGCUGUUCCUCAUUAUUCCAUGUAUAGGGCUGUCUUUCUUGACCAUCCUUGUCUUCUAUCUUCCUGCGUACGAAGGUGAGAAAAUCUCUCUCUGCACCUCAGUUCUGGUAUCGCUCACCGUCUUCCUCCUGGUCAUAGAAGAAAUCAUUCCAUCUUCUUCGAAAGUCAUACCGCUGAUUGGCGAGUACUUGGUGUUCACCAUGAUUUUUGUGACGUUAUCUAUUGUAAUAACGGUCUUUGCUAUUAACGUUCAUCACCGAUCCUCGUCUACGCACAAUGCGAUGGCACCGUGGGUCCGCAGAAUAUUUCUUCACAAACUUCCCAAGCUGCUUUGCAUGAGAAGUCACGUAGACAGGUACUCAGCACCAAAGGAGGAGGAGGCUGGCAGCACCAGGGGACCUGAGGAAUCUAGGAAGACAUUAGAAGCAGCCUUAAAUUCUGUCCGGUACAUUAUAAGACACCUUGUCAAAGAGAACGAAGUACAUGAGGUUGUGGAGGACUGGAAAUUUAUAGCUCAGGUGCUUGAUCGUGUGUUCCUAUGGAUGUUCCUUCUGGUUGCAGUUACUGGAUCGCUGACCCUGUUUCUUCCUGUAAUUCAUAAAUGGGCAAGCAAAACAAUACCAGUCCAUGUUUGGAUUGUUAAUAAAUAAGUGUGUGAGUAGGGGCAGAGUUCUAACAGUGUUUCUAGGGCUAUUAAUUCCUAGAUAUCUUCAAGCACAUUCUAAAAUCGAAUUACAAAAUGUCUGAGAAUGGAAUUGGGAGGGGGAAAUUCAUGGUUACAUUUAACCAGGAAAAUUGUAAGAUGCCUAUUUUUCCCUCUUAAUUGUAGCCUACCAGGAUGCCAUCGGUGUCAUAAGAUUAUUUACAGAAUAUUAUAGCAAAAAAUAUUAAUAUGACACUUUAACAUUUAAGGCAGCCUUUCUCAACCUUUUGACCCUGGAGGAACCCUUGAAAUAUUUUU